AUGGCAGAGGCAGUGAUCGAGCAGAUGGGCUUUAGCAAAGAAGCUAUUAAAAAGGCUAAGGAGAAAGCAGAGAUUGAAUCUAAGAAGCCUAAGAUAGAACCAGUUCCCUCCCAAACAAAGCCUAAGGAGACUAAGUCUUCUCCCACUCCGGUGAAAUCAUCUAUAGCUCAAAGCUCAUCUAGAAAAGGAGUGUUGAAGCAGAAGAAGAAGCAGAAGCCUAAACAAACUUAUGUAGUUGUACCUCUUGUUUCUUCUGAGAUAGAGUCAGAUGAGGAAGCAGAGAAAGCUAAGAAGAAAGGAGAAUUUGUCAAGGAUGAAGAAAAGGAUAAAGUAGGAAAGGUUACAGAAAGAGAAGACGUGGAUAAGGAUAAAGUACAUGAUAAGGAAGAAGAGAUCGAUAAGGGAAAGCACAAAACUAACAAUGUCUCGAUGUCCCCAGCAGAAAGGAUAAUGGUAGUUGCAGCAGUCCAGGCUAAAGCUAGUCAAGACUUGGUCAAAUCUGAAAUUGAGGACAAGAAGUUGAUUGAGAUGUCUAUGAGUGUUCUACAAAAGGAUAUAAUAGAUCUAUCUGGAAACAUCAUUGCACCAGAUAUGCAGCCACCUGAAAUUACUGAUUCACAGGCUACUCAGGAGGAACCUACUGAAAAAGUUGAUGAACAAACCUCUGAACGAGAGAAGGAGAAAGAACAAAAGGAAGAGAAAAUUGAGAAAGAGAAAUCUGUUGAACCAGAAAAGGCAUUAGUUAAACAACAGAAUAAUGAUGAUGAUGAUGACUCAUUCAGCAUCAAAGGGCCAAUAAAUUUUGAUAACAUGAGUGCAUCAGAAUUGUUGGAGUUUGCAAAUGUGAUGCAAUCCAUAGAUUAA